GUUUUGGGCACUUUUGGGCACCGGGAGUGAGUGGUUGGGGUAACGUACGUGAAUAAUAAGUCUCAAGACACAGAGAACUAUAUAUAAAAGCAAGCAUCAGUGAUAUGGAAUCUUCCUCUCCCUCUUGCUCUGCUUCUUCUUCUUCUAUUACUACUUCUGUGGUGGUUGUUGUGUAUUAUUCUCUUUCCUAAUUUCUUUUUGUUUUAAAAAUUCAAACAAAUCAAUUCUCUGGAUUUCAUUAAUGGGGAAUUGCCAAGCAAUUGAUAAUGCAAGCCUGGUUAUACAACACCCAAAUGGUAGAGCAGAUAAGCUGUACACUCCUGUCACUGCCAGUGAAAUUAUGAAGAUGAAUCCUGGCCAUUAUGUUGCUCUUCUUCUCACCACCACUUUCUGCCCGCCUUCCAACACCGGAAAUUCAACUUCCGCCGCCGCCGCCGCCAAUAAAAUCUCAACCCACCAGCAGCAGCAGCAGCCGCUUCGGAUUACAAGGAUUAAGCUGCUUAAACCAACUGACACCUUACUUCUUGGCCAUGUUUACAGACUCAUCACCAAUAGGGAGGUGAUGAAAGGGUUGUGGGCAAAGAAAUAUGCAAAAAUGAAGAAGCAGUUAUCAUCAUCAUCAUCAUCUUCUGAUGAGAAAGAAGAAGGAUUGACAGCCCAGGAAAUCUCGGAUCUUGAAGAAGCUGUCCGAAAAUAUGAACUGGACAAGAACAACAGAAAGACAAAACAAGAGAGACAGAGGUCAAAGACAUCUCAAUCUGCAAAUUCUGUUGGUGUCAAAUCAAGAGCAUGGCAACCCUCAUUACAGAGCAUCUCGGAGGCUACAAGUUGAUUUGAUUGUGUCUCUUCUCUAAUUUUUAGGAUAGGAUUUCUUUCCCCACCAAUGAAUUUUAAGGGGUAAAAAAAGGAACUAGUAUUAUCAGCAUAGAACACAAACUGAACUGCUGAGAUGGGAACAAACUGUAUAGUGAGCUAAAGAGCAGAGCCCAUGAUCUGAGAAAUUGCUGAUCAACCUCAUCUUUUCCUAAUAGACAAAAUUUUUGUGGCUUCUUUAAUUUUGAAGCAAUAUAUGUUUAUUUGUUUGUUUUUUGGAAGAAUAAUUGUCAUAGUUUUUGCAAUUUA